CCCGUCCCUGCCCCCCCGGCCGUGCCCGCCGCCGCCCCCACCCCCACCGCCCCCGCCCGCCGCCCAGAAGAUGGCGAGCCCGUGCGGGCGGCAGCAGUGCUCCAUCGAGAGGCGCGGCGUCCGCCACCAGCUCGAUUCGUGGCGACACAAGCUCAUUCACUGUGUAGGGUUUGAAAGUAUUCUAGAAGGCCUGUUUGGACCUGGAUUAUUAAAAGAUCUCAGUUUGUUUAAAGACUGUGAGCCUGAAGGUGUUUCUGAUUGGUCUUUUGAUGAAAAUUGUCUUUUCUGCUGCCUGAGAAGAGAAAAAGUGAAGGAGCACUUAGUCAGUCUGGAUGAGCCAGCCUCGGAAGCUGGACAAGAAGCUCUGCUUAGACAAGAGCAAGCAAAAAUCAUUCGUUUUGAAAGGCAAGCGGAAGAGUUCCUCAAUGCAGUCUUUUACAGAAAAGACAGUCCUAGGGUCUCUGACCCCAAUAUUCCCCUAGUGGCCCGUGAGAUCAUGCAGCGAAUGAUCCGACAGUUUGCUGCUGAAUAUACCUCAAAAAAUAGCUCUACUCAGGACUCCAGCCAGCCCAAUAGCACAAAGAACCAAAGCCUGCUGAAAGCAUCUCUGGUCGCCUCCUCUCCCACGGCUGCAACUGCUCAGAACCCUGUGCUCAGCAAACUUCUCAUGGCUGACCAAGACUCACCUCUGGACCUUACUGUCAGAAAGUCUCAGUCAGAACCUAGUGAACAAGACGGUGUGCUUGAUUUGUCCACUAAGAAGAGUCCUUGUGCCGGCAGCACCUCUCUGAGUCAUUCUCCAGGAUGCUCCAGUACUCCAGGAAAUGGGCGACCUGGGAGACCCAGCCAGCACCAUCCAGAGGGACUACAGAGUGGUGAUGGGGUACCUCCAAGAAGCUUGCAGGAUGGAACCAGGGAAGGUUAUGGCCACUCUACAUCUCUUAAAGUACCGCUGGCUCGAUCACUCCAGAUUAGUGAAGAACUGCUGAGCAGAAACCAGUUCUCUACAGCUGCCAGCCAUGGGCCAUCUGGACUACAGAAUCAUGGACAGCACUUAAUAUUAUCCAGGGAGGCUUCUUGGGCAAAACCACACUACGAAUUCAAUUUCAGCCGCAUGAAAUUCAGGGGAAAUGGUGCACUCAGCAACAUCAGUGACCUUCCUUUUCUUACAGAAAACUCUGCCUUUCAAAAAAUGGCACUUCAAACUAAGCAGGAUGGGAAAAAGGACGUGAGCCAUUCGUCUCCUGUGGAUUUAAAGAUACCACAAGUUCGAGGCAUGGACCUUUCUUGGGAGUCCCGCUCUGGUGACCAGUUCAGCUAUAGCUCUUUGGUAAUGGGUUCACAAACGGAGAGCGCGCUUAGCAAAAAGUUAAGGGCUAUCCUUCCAAAACAAAACAGGAGAAGUUUGCUGGAUGCUGGACCAGAUUCCUGGGGCUCAGAUGCUGAGCAGUCUACCUCUGGACAGCCAUAUCCCACCUCAGAUCAAGAGGGAGAUCCUGGCUCCAAGCAACCUAGGAAGAAAAGAGGGAGAUACAGACAGUACAACAGUGAGAUACUGGAGGAAGCAAUCUCCGUGGUGAUGAGCGGGAAAAUGAGUGUUUCCAAAGCUCAGAGUAUUUAUGGGAUCCCCCACAGUACACUGGAGUACAAAGUUAAAGAGAGGCUGGGCACUUUGAAAAACCCUCCAAAGAAAAAAAUGAAAUUAAUGAGGUCGGAGGGGCAGGAUGUUUCAGUAAAGAUUGAAUUAGAUCCCCAGGGAGAAGCAGCACAAAGUGCAAAUGAAUUGAAAGAUGAGUAGGGAUGUUGUAGAGUGCCAAUUACUUUGCAAACUGGGUGAGCACUACUGCAUAGUUCAACCACCAUUGAGCACACCUCAUUCUCCCAUUCACUGCAAUGCUCUUUUCUUUGCAGUUCAGCAUAGACUUGUGUGGACACAAGUGAAAGGCGUGCUCUGAAUGUCACGUUUGUAAAUUUUUUUCCAGCCCAAUGCGACGCAGAUCCCCUCCUUCACCUGCCCAAUAUCCCUUUUUCCCCCUUUCUUUUCUUUAUUUUGUUUUUUCCUUUUGCCUUUUGCAUGUUUCUCUGUAAUAGAGAGUUGAGUUACCUCAUAAAGAAUGCAGAUCUGUGGAAGUGGACACCUUGCCUGUACAGCCUAUUUCAACUCCCGCUGUUGGAUGUUUUUCAUGUCAGUCUUAACAGAAAUAAGUCCACUUUGUUAAACUGGUAGUCUCCUAAAACCAGGCUUUUUGAAUGAGAAUCAGACUGUCGUUCUUCAAAACGUUUCAGAAAUCUUUUUCCCCUUCCUUUUCUUUGAUCCAGUUGAUUGAAAGAAUUUAAGCUGAAUCAAGUAACGUAGGAAGGCACCUCUCUUGGACUCAGAGAUUUGCUUUUUUGGUGGCUAAUCAAUUGGGUCUAAUUAGGCUCUCUGCUAUUUUCUUUCUAAAUUCGACAUGCUUACCAUUCGCUGUCUGCUUAGUGCUCACCCGGAGGGGAGGGGAGGGAAAACUUACAAACACUACCUUCAGAAUAUGUCAGUGAAUUAUUUGUAACACUACCUUCGCUGUAAUUUUGUUAGAUAUUUUUGAAGGGUGAUAUUUGACUCACCUGCUUGAGGAUGUAGCCUUAUCUCACGGAAGACAAGCUUCUCAUGGUCAGGAGCAGUCAGGGUACACUAAAUGAUGUAUUAGGGUAUGCCUCAUUAUAACAGAAUUAAGGUUCUUUGUGACCUUCAUGCUUUUUACAGACUUGAUUCUGAGUUUACUAAACUAAGUGGUUCCAGCAACUAGUUUAAAUGACUCUAAUCUGGGGAUGGUGGGGGGUGGGGUGGGGGGGUAUAUGUGUAACAAACUACUGUGAUCUUGUGCAAAAAGAAAGAAAGAAAAAAAAAAAAAAAAAAAGCCCACUAAACAGUGAUCUCAAACGUUACAACCUCAGUAGUCUGCCCAAAUAUCCACAUUAGUGAAGGAGCUUGUUAAUGUUCAGGGAAGAAGUAAAACACUGGUAGCCUGACCUGGCUCAGGCUCUGUAUCAUAUCUAGCUGUAAUACUGUCAGGGUCGAACACUCAGUGAAUGGGUGUUUCCUUUUUAAAUAUUACAGUUGCCAGUAGCAGGAAAUAAUCUUAAGUCCUGCUUUUUUUUUUUUUUUUUUUUUUAUUUAACCUGUUUUUGAUAGUGGUUUAGCACAUGCUGGAAUAAGCAUUUAAACACCGUCAAAGCACUCCGUAAACCACAGAUCCUUUUGUUUGUUUCUUUGUUUUCUGAUAUUAACGGUAUCUUUAUCCGUUACGUGGAGAUCCAGGAUAAGUUUUGUCGGGAACUUUUCUCUUUGAUACUUUCUGCGGGAGUGGUCAUUAACGAGGUGGAGCUUACUGGUAUUUCCACAAUGUGACCAAAUCAGAAUUGCUGGUUCUUCAGGUAGAAACAAUUUGGUCUUAAUCUGUGCAAAAGGUAGAUAGAAUUACCGCUUGUUUUCCCCACUUGCACAACCAAAAGAAGCAUCGGAGUUUUAGUGUGAGAGCAUUAAGCAGCGUCAGUGAUUGAAAAUGGUUUCUAAGAGUUCAUGGGAGGACGGCCUUAGGUGGUGCUAGGGAUGCUGAAUGACCUCGGGAACGUCGGUCCUGUUAGCCUCUCCCCCUCCCCAGCAACUUCGGAUUUUCAAAGGUUAGGCACACCAUUGCUGUCGUUCUGAAUAUGCACUGCUUGUUCUCGAAGUGGGCUGGGUGUUUGGCCCCAGCUACCUUUUGUUUUUGUUUACUUACUACGUUUUAGGACUGGAAACCUUGGUUCCCUGUAGCUCUCUAGUUGUAGUGCGGCAUUUCAGGCAGUUUGAGCUCGGUUAGCAGUAUGUGAACUCUGCAGUACGCUCCAGUUUAGCUGAGGAUCGCGAUAAGGUGCGGUUACACGAGUGGUUUCAUCUGCUGUAGGAAGUUUGCUGCAAGCUUAGAAGAAAAAAAAGAAGUAACACAGUUUUACUGUUGGGAGAGGUUUAACCUUUUGCCGUUGUCUUUAUUUAAGCAACAUGAGUUGAGUUUUAUAAAACCUUGUCACUGUAGUGUAUGUGGAGUGCUCAUUUUACCGACCUAAAUAUUUUGUAUGUGUAUGUUGAAGUGGGUGACAAUCGUGCAGCAGAAGAAUGGUGUGCCUACCCUUUAAUGCUGCAGUUUUAAAAGAGAAUUUGUCUCGUCAUUUCAGACUGUAGGCUAAGAGUUGUAAAUAGAUAGUGAGAAGUCGAGUACUCUUUAUUUGCUUUGGUUAGAAAGUGGAUAUUAAAACACAGAAAAACAAACCAAACUCGUAACUUUCUCAGUUGAAACGUCCUGAGACCUGAAGAUUGUAGUACUCACGUCUGCAAAGCUUUUAAACAUAACACUUGAUCUGUGAUAACUUGAUAUUCAGGUAACCUUUCUUUUUCAAGAAGCUUUUGAACAACCGUAUUUCCUCCAAAGGUCUCUGUUGAAAAAGGAAAAAAAAAAAAAAAAAAAAAAGGAAAAAAAAGAAAGAAGUGUAGAUUAUUUUUUAAGCACUAAUUGCAUUACGUCGGUAACUGCAAUAUAAAAUAGCCAUUAUUGUUUUGUGAAGCAUGGUUGAGAUUAGUUAGUGGUCCCUUUUUAAACUUUCAUGAGCCUCUCAAAAAAAAAGAAUAAAAACAAAAUUAAAAAAAAAAAAGCUGCUGAAUAUUCAAAAGAUAUAUAUUUUACCUUAUUGUAGGUUUUGUAAAUUUAGUCUGUAAGAUUCAGGUGCACCUUUUAAUGUUAACGUUCUGUUUCGAAGUCCCACCCGGUGUAUUUUCUCUGAGGUGAUUCAUCACGUGAGACUGGGAUCACUCUGAGUGCUGCAGUGAUCACGAAUAUUUCCUUUCCUUUUUCACUACGGAUUUUUUACAGGCGCUUUCAGUGUAGCUAACUAGUAGUAAAUGGGAUCAUUUUAAAAUAUAGGAUUGGGAUUAAUGUUUGUCCAUUAGCAUGCUUGAUUUUCUGCUGCCCAGCAGUUUGCAUGGCCAAAAUCCCCGGUUGACCAUAUUUUGGUGUGGGAAGGUGUGGUUCACUGCUGUCUUUGUAGCAAAAGCCUUGUUUCUCAUGUUAUUUCUGCUAAGUGGAUGCUUAUGUUACUUGGAUCACUUGGACAGGAGCUGAGGUUUAGAAUCUUCCUCCUGCUGCUCUUUGAGGUCGCAUUGGCAUGUAACGUAGACAAACCGCAGCCCUGUAGGAGCAGAGGUGUCAUUAGGAGGAGGCCUUUGGGUGCUUUUUGUCACUGGUUUUCUCUUACUCCCGAGAUAGUCCAGCCGGUGUAGUGAUUGGACUUAACAGUAUUGUUGUGUACUACGUUGAUGUAGCUGAAGAAGCCUGACAGCGAGAAACUGUGAAUAAUAUUUGUGGCAGUCUCUGAAAACUAGUUUUUCAGUCCAAGUAUCAUGAAGGAGAAUCCCUCUGCCCCGCCCCCAUCCUAGAAAAGUAAUUUUAUAUUUUGUGUGUAUAAAGUUUUAAGACUCAAGUUUCAUAUUGUACUGAAGUUUAGGUGUCGCUUGGUAAAUCUUUGCUGCAGCAUAUAAUUGACGAUGAGUAAGGCUUAGUGUGGUAGGGGUCCUGGUGUGGAGUUAAUUAUCGUACAGUUCUGGUGAGAAAGCCCAACAUGUAUGAAAUGUGUCUUUUUUUUUCUUUUUUUCUUUUUUUUUAUCUUUAUUUGGACUUGUAAGAUGUAAAAGUGCUUUUUUUAGAACUCUGACCUAUUACAAACUAUUACCUCACUUUCAGCCAGCUGGAUCCUCAUUCCACAGUGUUGUAGGCAUUAUUGUGACUGUAAUGCUUGAGUACAGCUAUAGAGUUGAACGUUUCCAGUUGGGUGUUGUAGGGACACGUAUCUGGACUUGCUUUUUCAUUUCCAUCGGAAAGCUUUUUGUUUUUUUUUUCCCCAGUCAUUUGCUGAUGUUUUGUUUUUUUUAAAGGCUCAAGAUGGUUUCCUUGAGAAUUUCUCAUUUCUUCCUGCUAAGUGGGGAUAAAUAUGGAGAAGUAGCUACACGAGCAGCACACAUAUGCCUUUGCUUUCUCCUCUUAGCAGAUCUCCUGAUUUGAUGCUUGUAUGACCAACCCUAUUGCUAGACCUAAGAUUGAGCUCUGAAUUCCCACUGACACCAGAAAACGAAUGCUGUUAACAAAUGCAGGUGUACUGACGAGGUGGUGCCCCUAGUUAACACAACACGUUCAAGCAAUUCUUGUACUAUCCUUUUUUUGUGGAGCUUUCUGGUGUUCGAGGAUAUUCCCGAACAUGAGGGGCAACUGCAGCUGUGUUUGGACCGGUUGGGAACAGUCAAGGAAUGCCCUGUGCUUUGUCUUGUGGCAGGCCAACAUUGGAGUCUGAAUAUUUCUUUCUGAGGACCCAAGGGUACGUUGCCUUCCCCCAGAAAUUUGCAGGAACCAGCAAUGUGAUUCAGAGGCUUUAGGGCUGAGUAAGCUUUGUAUAGGUUGGAACAACUUUUCGUUCCCAUUGAAUUGCUUUUUAUAUCAUCUGCAAUGAGUGUUAUACAGGCAAAACUGGAAUUAUCAUGUUUCUUUUCAGUUUACUUUGGAUUAAUGCUCUUAGGAUGUCCUUGAGUCUUAGCAGAACACGGUGUCCAAGGAGUGAAGGGAACACUGCGCUGUUCCCUUGUUUCUCAAAAACAGCACGGCAACGUCUUGUGAUGUAAAGAGCUUUUCUUCAGCAAAGACAAAAUUGUAACUCUUCAGGGUAAGAAUGCAUACACCUAUUGCAGUCCAAGCUCUUGUGAAGGCAAAUUUAUUGAUCUGUACUGGAAACUCCUUCUCAAUAUUUUAGAUUUCUUCAAUUCUCUGCCAAUGUUGGAGGUAGGAUGGGAAGGCUGUUUCUCUCAUUCUCAGGAGGAUAGGAAACUUCUAGGUUUUGCCCACAAAUGAUUCAGAAACAAAAUGUAGCUUCAGUCUAUGCCAGUAUCGCUCGGCAUCAGUAGGUAAAGUUGGCUAAUACUGCUUUUAAAAGCUAUACCCAAAACAGUAUGUUUGGAGAGUAGCUUUGAGCAGAAACAUUGAUAGUACCAAUCUUGAAUUAUGUGGAAAACGCAGAGAUUAGAACCAUCAGAAUCUUGAAAAUCUGCACUGCUAGUUGUGUUAGAUAUAGCAAAUAUAAUAAUCACUGCAGUUGCUCAUUUCUAACUAUCCAGUAUAUAAACACGAUGUGCCGUGAUGAUCACUAAGCAGAGAGAGACUGUAGACUCAGAAUGAUCCGUAGGUGCACUCCACAUAUGCAAGAUAAAAACUGCAGGUAGCUACAGUGUUCCAACAUCCAUCUCUCUCCUGGUCUUGGUUUGGCCGGGCCAAGUCUCUGUAGCGAUAUUACAGCAGCAGUUUCACAUCCUGUCAAAUUUUGCCCUACAUUCAGGUAUUGUCACGGGAACUUUUAGUGUUAGGGAGCUGUACCUAAUCCUGACAUGGGUCUCUGACAUAGCUGCGAAGUUCCCCUGGGCUAGGUGCUGGAAGGCUGGGUUUUCUUCAGCCCAUCCCAGGGUAUUUCAUUCACCUUCUUCAAAAACAAGCAUUUCCUCUCCCCCCUUCACCCCCAUGUUGGUCUCUACUUCAUUGGUAAGUAUAACCUAGAAGUGCUCGAAAAACUAAUUCUACCUGAUGGAUCAGGGAUUAGGGGACAGACUUCAUUCUGACUGGAGCAGGAAAAGUUAAUGUCAAAUUAAUCUCUGUAGUCGUUACCUAAUAUGGUCUCAAUGUAUGUUCCUUCCCAUAAAUAAUGAAGAUGCUACUACAGUGACCAAUACAGGUUAUCAACUACUUGGUGCUACAUUUCUCAAAGACUUUUGCAGAUGAUAUUUUUUACUCCUGCGUGAAAGCAUGUAAACUUUACUGUCACUGUAUAAAGCGCUUGUCUGACCUAUUCUAAAGUACCAGAAAAGGGAUAAGUAACUGCAGCACUUUUUCUGUUACAAUGCCAGAGUCUUAAUUAAAUCUGGUCUUCAGGUUAUAAGGAAUCUUAGGCGUACAAUCUAGGAUCACAAACAGCUUUUCAGGGCAGAUCACAAGUUCUCUUGGGAUACUAAUCUGUCUUUUAAGGAAUGGAAAGAGAUGUUCAGAAGUUCAGGCAGGGGAUGCACACAUGCCUGAUGUUUGUAACCGAUCAUUUCAAUAGGCCGUUUCAGGGCUUGGCAUUUGGAAUCUGGGAUGAUGGGUAGGGAAAGGGCAGUUUCCUAAACCAAGAAAUCAUUUUGGACCGUUGUUUAACGUUCAGUUUGAAAAAUGUAUCACAAGAAAAAUGGGUAGGGAUUCUUUCUCCCUUCUGCCUUCAGGGAAUGAGUAGUGUUUAGAAUCUCUGGCUGAAAUUCAAGCCUUUUUACCAUGUAAAUUUUUAAUAUAAACUCAUUGACACGCUUUUUACAUCUGAGGACUGAAAAUGAAUCUUAAUGUUUAAGUUGUGGAAUGGUAUAUUUCUUAAAUGAAGGGGGAACAUUAAAGAAAAAAAAAUAGAUUAGAAUACCAGCAUUAGUGAGCUUAAGGAAUUUUAGUAUGUAAUAGCAAAGUAGAGCAAAGUAUUUGAUUAAAAAAAUAAUCUUGAAUUGCUAGUCUGUAUCUAGGUGCAUUCUAAUUUAGCAGGUGAAUAUUCUUUACUUAUCGAUAUAUGAUGGGCUUUUUGCAAAUAGAAACCUUUAUCUGAGUCCCACGUGUUGCUUGUACUGAUGGGAUCUAUGCUUACAGCAGCUUACUGCUGCUUUAAAAUGUAUAAAAUAUGUUUUGAGUGUUUGCUCAUAACUCUUUCUAACCUCCACUUGUUAAAUUGUCAGACAUUGGUAUUUUAUCAGUCCGCAAUGUAAGUGAAACUAAUGUUCUUAGGAAUCCAACUUGUACACACACUGUUUAAAAACCCUCAGGGACAGUUUACACACUAUCCUCACUCAAUUCAGGUACUUGUACUCUCUUCUUAAACCUAGCAGUGACUUGUAUUUUGUUUUGCUUUUCUUUUGACGUGCUGAUAGCACAUCCUUGAUGAAUGUCAACUUAAAACUCAGUUCAGGUAUCCAGGUAUAACUCAGCCAAACGGAUUUUAAAGCUGCAUAUUUACUCUCCAGCACACAGUGCCUCAGACACUUAUAGUGGCAUUCUGUAUAUUCAGUUAUUACUACUGAGCAGAUCGCGUGGGGGUUCCUGGUAUGUAUUGUAAGAAAUUCCUAUGUAUAUUAUAUAAUAUGUAUUAUAUUAUAUACAUAUAUAGUAUAUAUGUUAUCUUAAACUUAUAUAUUUUAAAAUGCCACUACUAGCCAGCGCAGCUAAAAAAAAAAAGAAUAAAUAAAGAAAAGAAAUACAUUCCCGGCCGCCUCCGUGCCCUGCGGGGGCGGCUCCUUAACGUGGCUCUUGCUUCUCUCUCUCACCAUAACUACUUCUAACCUCAAGCACGGGUCCUUGGCUGUCUGACCUCUACACUCUAGUUAUGCAAUGUCCUUAGAGAAUUCUGUGCACUGGCCACUGUGAUGGAAACCAAUGGGCCGGGAGUGCUUUGAGUUUAUGAGUAAUUGUUCUGCCAAAGUUUGGUGUUCGUAUGACGAGCGUGUAAACCCGUCGGACGAUGGGCAGAGGGCCGCGCUGUGCGGCUGUGACCUCAGCAGCAAAAUGCUGCUCCGCUCUCGCUGUCAUCUGUUGGCGGUCGUGAGUCGGCGGCACCUCUGCUUUAUUAUCUGACGCUUUACACCCACAAAGUCUUCUCUUUCUAUUUAUGUAACCCAUAGUCUUUGAAGAGUAUGGAAAAUGGCAUUUCUCUCUGACCUCUAGAAGUUCAAGUGUCAUGGGAAGAAAAAAAAAAAUGAAACAGGAACCCCCCCCCUUUACUCUUAUGGACCUCAUUUCAAUAUACUGUUUACAGUUUGACGGAAUUGUAUAAUUUAAUAUUUCUCUUGUACUGUAGUUUAUAUUUAUUUACAGAUUUUUUUUGUACCGUGUGAUUUGAAUUUUUUUUGUUCCUUGCUAUGAUCAAUGUUUUAUGUAGUAGAGCACUUAUGAUCACAAAUUAAGGUUUUUUUGGUUUGAUUGCACUACGUUAAUUUUUUUAAUGCAGUUCUGAUUUUUUGACUGGACUAAAUAAGCUGUGUCUUAAUGUAUGUGAUGAGUACUUAAAAUUUUUAUUUCACGUGGUUCAUUUAUUUUCUUUCUUUUUGUUUGUUUGGUUUUUUUUUUUUUUGGCAUUGUAUGUCAAAGCGCUAAUCCUCUUGUUGUGCAUGUGUAAGAUUUAAUGGCUCCAUUGUAUUAUUUGACCAUGUCAUUUUGGAAACACAUUCCCAGCUGUAAUGUUGUGUAUGGUAGUUUUCACUGGAUGCUAGACUUUUCAAAACCACUAUUCUUCUAAUAAAUUUUGUUGUGAAAAACUUG